GCCAAUCCGGUUGGUGCCUCACACACCAUUUACGAGAACCUCCGAGUGGACUUACCAGGAAGUCAAAUAAUGUGCAUUAUUAUGGAUCCAGUAGAUAUUACAGCGAGACUUUGGGACACAAAAAUGGACCUUUAAACUAUGAAAAAAGAAGCUCCUCGAUGAAAACAGAGUCUGAUUGCAAAGGCUUCUUCAUUCUUAUCAGUCAGAUCAACUGUUCUCCAGAACUUUUGCCGCAGCUCGGUGGAGAUGGAGAUUGGCAGGCAGGUCAUCGAGAAGUUGCAGAGAAAGAAGAAGAUGCAGCCCACUACGCCACCCAUUUUGCAGGGUCUUGAGGUCCAUUUUUACCUGCCAGACGCCCGCCAGAUCAUUCACCUCAGUGGCCGCCAUUCAGCGGAGGAGCUGUGCAUCGAGGCUUCCAAGAAACUGAGUUUGUCUCCGCUGUGCAGCACACUGUUCGCACUCUAUGAUGAGCAGAGCGGCACCUGGUAUCCUCCUAAUCACAUCUUUGUCAUUGACGAUGCGACGAGACUGAGGCUGCAUUUUCGUAUGAGGUUCUACUUCAUUAACUGGCAUGGUACUGAUAAGGAUUCUCCGGCUAUACUGCGACAUUCUCUCAAACGGACGGGCAACCAAGGCACGGCUCUUCUGGACAUGCCCUCUUUGAACUACCUCUAUGCACAGAGCCAGUAUGACUUUCACAAUGGCCUAGCCCCUCUGAGAAGCCCUCAGUCAGAGGAAGACGCCCAGCAGAUAGAGAACGAGUGUUUGGGCAUGGCUGUGAUGGCUAUCUCCCACGAGGCCAUGGGCAAUCACCUGCCCACACGGGAACUAACCAAGAGAUUCAAGUACAAGAACUACAUCCCUGCCAGUUUGAACCAGGUCAUCUCUCAGAGGAACAUCCUCACUCGUCUGCGCAUCGCCAACGUCUUCAAAGCGUUUCUGGAAGAGUUCAACGACAAAACCGUCAAGAGCAGUAGUGUCAACAAUUCCGACUUAAAGAUCAAGUACAUUUCCACUUUAGAGACCCUCACCAUGAAUUUUGGCUGCGAAAUGUUUGAGCCCUUGUCGCUAAGCAUUCAUGAGAACGAGGACAUGGCCUCAGGAGAUGAGGACCAAACCGGGCAUCGUGUGCUGGUGUCUGGAACGUGUGGCAUAAAGUGGCAGAAAGUUCCAGCUGAGACCUGCCCGGGCCUGUUUACCAACCAAUGGAGGAAGAAAUCAAGUAAAAGAAAAAGACGGCAGAGUCUGGAGAGCAAUGGCCCGAAACACCCCAGCAAAGACGAUGGCUGGACAAUCUUCUCUGAUUUUCAUGAGAUCACGUACAUCGUCAUCAGAGACUCUGCAGUCACGGUUUACAAGCAAGACAACAAAAGGAUGGAGCUGCGUCUGGCUAGUCGUGAGGAGGCCUUGUCCUUUGUCAGUCUGGUAGACGGAUACUUCAGGCUCACGGUAGAUGCGCAUCACUUCCUGUGCACAGACGUGGCCCCUGACGCUGUGCAGACAAACCUGAACGAAGGAUGUCACGGGCCAAUCAGCACUGAAUACGCCAUCCAUAAGUUGAAACAGGAGGGCAAUGAGGAGGGCAUGUACAUCCUCCGCUGGAGCUGCGCAGACUACGACCACGUUCUGCUCACCGUCGUCUGCAGUGAGAGGGACAUCUCUGGGGUGACUGGUAAAACCGUCAAGAACUUCCAGAUCCAGAAACUGGAGGACGGUUACUGUCUCUGCGGGACCAACAUCGAGAAGCCCACUCUGAGGGAGCUGACUGAUCAGCUGUCUGGACACUGUCUGAGUACAGACAGCACCAGACUGAAGCUGGGCAGAGGCUGCCCGCCCCAACCCAGAGAGGCUUCCAAUCUGCUGUUGGUGACACGGCCAGACACAGCUGCCCUGCCCUCUCUCAGCCAGCUCGUUUUCCACAGGAUUAACAAGGAGGACAUCAUUCAGGAGACGCACUUGGGCAGUGGAACCCGCACCAACAUUUACUCAGGCAAGCUGAAGGUGCGAAGUGAUGAUGAUGAAGGCCUGCCAAGCCAAAACAAUGAGGAGGUGAAGGUGGUGCUGAAGGUGCUGAGUGCAGGACACAGGGACAUUUCGGCCUUCCUGGAAACCGUGAGCUUGAUGCGUCAGAUCUCACACAAACACAUUGCUCUCCUCUAUGGAAUCUGUAUGCACAGCAUGGACAUUAUCAUGGUAGAGGAGUUCGUGCAGCAUGGUCCUCUGGAUCUGUUCAUGCGGGCUCAUCACUCCGUUCUCACUCCAUCUUGGAAGUUCCAGGUUGCCGAGCAGCUCGCAAGUGUCCUCAGUUACCUGGAGGAUAAGAAGCUCGUCCAUGGCUUUGUGUGCACAAAGAACAUUCUGUUGGCCAAGGAUGGUCUGGAUGGACAGGCGGCACCAUUCAUAAAGCUCAGCGACCCAGGCGUGCCCAUCACCGUGCUCAGCAGAGAAGAAUGCAUCGACAGGAUUCCUUGGAUUGCACCAGAAUGUGUGAAGAACCCUAAAAUGCUGAGCAUCGCGGUGGAUAAGUGGGGAUUUGGGACGACACUGUGGGAAAUCUGCUACAACGGGGAAGUGCCGCUGAGGGACAAGAAACGCACUGAGAAGGAGCGGUUCUACGAGGCUGAAAGUGCGCUGGUGAUUCCACACAGCAGCGAGCUGGCUGACCUGAUCACUCAGUGCAUGAACUAUGAUCCCAGGAAGAGACCCUUCUUCAGAGCCAUAGUGAGAGAACUGGACCGCAUCAAGGAGCAGAACCCGGCCAUGGUGUCAGGAGUCGUUCCGCUGCAGGAGAUCGACCCCACACUGUUCGAGAGCAGAUUUCUCAGGAAAAUACGGGACCUUGGAGAGGGUCAUUAUGGGAAGGUGGAGUUGUGCAUGUAUGACCCUCAUGGCGACCAGACGGGCCAGUUGGUGGCUGUGAAGUCUCUGAAGUCGGAGAGCGAAGGUCCAGAGAGCAGCAACCUGAGGAGAGAGAUCAACACCAUGAGAGAGCUCUACCACCAAAACAUUGUCAAGUAUAAAGGCAUCUGCAAUGAGGAGGGUGGAAUGACUAUCAAGCUGAUUAUGGAGUAUCUGCCUGCUGGCAGCUUGAAGGAAUAUCUGCCCAGGAACAAAGCUCAGACCAGCCAGCACAGGCUGCUUCUUUAUGCUGUUCAGAUAUGCCAGGGAAUGGACUACCUGGGCAGUCAGAACUACAUCCACAGGGACCUGGCAGCACGGAAUGUUCUGGUGGAGAAUGAGACUCUGGUGAAGAUUGGAGACUUUGGCCUGACCAAAAGCAUCGAGAACAAUGCGGACUAUUACACAGUGAAGGAAGAGCAGGACAGUCCUGUGUACUGGUACGCCCCAGAGUGUCUGAUCCACCGAAAGUUCUACAAAGCCUCAGACGUCUGGUCAUUUGGGGUCACACUUUAUGAGCUCAUGACCUACUGUGACCGCAAGAGCAGCCCACCGGAGAUGUUCCAGAACAUGAUUGGUCGUUCACACGGACAGAUGACCAUGGCACGGUUAGUGAAGGCUCUGGAGGACGGCUGGAGGUUGUCAUGUCCAGCAUCCUGCCCAGAUAUGGUGUACAUCCAAAUGCGCAGGUGUUGGGCCCAUGCCCCGGAGGACAGAGUGGACUUCAAAGGCCUGAUCGAGGUGUUUGAGCGUCUGUUGUCCACAGAAGAACCCAGUUUAAUGCGCAGCUGUUGAAGCUUUCAACACUGACGUUGCUACAAAGUACCACAUUUAGCAGAUUUUAUCCUCUGAUACUGGAAAAAAUGACAAAAUGACAUAAGUAAAACUUAACCUUAAAUCUAGUCAUUGUUUUUCCCAUUUUGAGAUUGUUUUAAGAAUAUUAAGAUUAAUCAGCUGGUUUCUAGUUCUGAAGUCAUUUUAUCCAGUGAAAUUCUGCAAUAAUACAAGCAAAAUGUUAAACUUCUUAUAUUCUUACAGCUCAAAGCGAGAAAUUAUUACAAGGAGAUUUAGGAUGUUUUCACUUGGCAGCCAAGCACUAAAAGGUCUAAGUAGAAAGGAAAUCAGAUUAAAUUUUAUAUUUUAAUAGAUUUUGACUUUAUUAGUGCACUAAUCAGGAGCCUUUUACACAC